GCCGCCGGCCCAACCAUGAUGAAGUUUCGGUUCCGGCGGCAGGGUGCCGACCCGCACCGCGACCGCCUCCGCCACGACCUCUUCGCUUUCAGCAAGACGGUGGAGCACGGCUUCCCCAGCCAGCCCAGCGCCCUGGCCUACGACCCCGUCCUGCGUGUGAUGGCCAUCGGCACCAAGGCGGGAGCCGUCAAGCUAUAUGGCGCGCCGGGUGUGGAGCUGACCGGCCUGCACAAGGAGACAGCCACUGUCACCCAGCUGCACUUCCUUCCCGGCCAGGGCUGGCUCCUCUCGCUGCUGGACGACAACACGCUGCACCUGUGGGAGGUGUGCCAGAAGGAGGGCUGCUCCCACCUGGAGGAGACCCGCAGCUUCGGCCUCCCGGGACGCCCAGGGUCCGGCAGCGCUAACUGCUCCCCUGGCAUCACACGGGUGACAGUGGUCCUACCGAUGGCUGCUGGUGCCACGGUCUGCCUGGGCACUGAGGGCGGUGCCAUGUACUUUGUCACCCUGCCCACCCUGACGCUGCUGGAGGACAAAACCCUCUUCCCAGACGAGAUCCUGCAGAGUGUCCCUGAUGACUACCGCUGCGGGAAGGCACUGGGGCCCGUGGAGUCCAUCCAGGAGCACCCACGCAGCAGCAGCCAGCUCCUGAUCGGGUACAGCCGGGGGCUGGUGGUCCUGUGGGAGCAGAGCACUCGUGUUGUCCAGCAUCUCUUCCUGGGGAACCAGCAGCUGGAGAGCCUGGCCUGGGAGCAGAGCGGGACGAGCAUCGUCAGCUCCCACAGCGACGGCGGGUACAUGGUGUGGGCAGUGAGCGGCACCGGCCAGAGGAGCCAGCAGCCCGUCAUGUCCACCAUCCCCUACGGGCCGUUCCCUUGCAAAGCCAUCAGCAAAAUCCUCUGGCGAACCUGCGAGUCGGGGAACCCCUUCAUCAUCUUCAGUGGGGGGAUGCCCCGGGCCAGCUACGGUGACAGGCACUGUGUCAGCGUGCUGCAGGGCCAGACCCUGGCCACGCUCGACUUCACCUCCCGCGUCAUUGACUUCUUCACUGUGCAGAGCGCAGAGGUGCCCGAGGGAGGCUUUGAGAACCCCCGAGCCCUCGUGGUGCUGGUGGAGGAGGAGCUGGUGGCCGUCGACCUGCAAACACCGGGCUGGCCCACCAUCCCUGCCCCAUACCUGGCACCUCUCCACUCCUCUGCCAUCACCUGCUCCUGCCAUGUCUCCAACGUGCCCCUCAAGCUCUGGGAGAGGAUCGUCAGCGUGGGCGAGCAGCAGAGCCCCCGGCAAUCCUCUGCGGCUUGGCCCAUUGAUGGGGGAAAGAACCUGGCCCAGGAGCCCACGCAGAGAGGGCUUCUCCUCACCGGGCACGAGGACGGCACGGUGCGGUUCUGGGACGCCUCGGGGGUCUCCCUGAAGCCCCUCUACAAGCUGGGCACCGCCAACAUCUUCCAGACAGACUGUGAGCACAACGACAGCCUCAACCAGGCGGGCGAGGAGGAGUGGCCUCCGUUCCGCAAGGUGGGCUGCUUUGAUCCCUACAGCGAUGACCCGCGCCUGGGCGUGCAGAAGAUCGCGCUCUGCAAGUACACGGCCAAGAUGGUGGUGGCUGGCACGGCGGGGCAGGUGCUGGUGAUGGAGCUGAGCGACGAGAAGUCGGAGCACGCGGUCAGCGUGGCCACAGUGGACCUGCUGCAGGACCGUGAGGGCUUCACCUGGAAGGGCCACGACCGGCUGGCCCCCCGGAAUGGGCCCCUCCACUUCCCCCCCGGCUUCCAGCCCAGCGUGCUGGUGCAGUGCGUGCCCCCCGCCGCCGUCACCGCCGUCACCCUCCACUCCGAGUGGAACCUCGUGGCCUUUGGCACCAGCCACGGCUUCGGGCUCUUCGACUACUACCGGCGCAACCCCGUGCUGGCCAGGUGCACGCUGCACCCCAACGACUCGCUGGCCAUGGAGGGACCCCUGUCACGAGUGAAGUCCCUCAAGAAGUCCCUGCGCCAGUCCUUCCGCCGCAUCCGCAAGAGCCGCGUGUCGGGCAAGAAGAGGCUCAAUGCCAGCAGCCCCUCCAGCAAGGUGCAGGAGGCCAACGCGCAGCUGGCGGAGCAGGCGGGCCCCCCCGAGGUGGAGAUGACGCCGGUGCAGCGGCGGAUCGAGCCUCGCUCGGCCGAUGAUUCGCUUUCGGGGGUCGUGCGGUGCCUCUACUUUGCCGACACCUUCCUCCGUGACGCUGCCCACCACGGCCCCACGAUGUGGGCAGGGACCAACUCGGGGUCGGUGUUCGCCUACGCCCUGGAGGUGCCGUCGCAGGAGAAGUUCUCGGAGCGCGCGGUGGAGGCGGUGCUGGGGAAGGAGAUCCAGCUGAUGCACCGGGCGCCGGUGGUGGCCAUUGCGGUGCUGGACGGGCGGGGGAACCCCCUGCCCGAGCCCUACGAGGUGUCUCGGGACCUGGCCAAGGCCCCUGACAUGCAGGGCAGCCACUCCAUGCUCAUCUCCUCCGAGGAACAGUUCAAGGUGUUCACGCUGCCCAAAGUGAGUGCCAAGACCAAGUUCAAGCUGACAGCACAUGAGGGCUGCCGGGUGCGGAAGGUGGCCCUGGUGAGCCUGGCCAGUGCUGGCUCCGAGGAGCGGCUGGAGAACUGCCUGGCCUGUCUCACCAACCUGGGGGACAUCCACAUCUUCACCGUGCCCAGCCUGCGGCCCCAGGUCCACUACAGCUGCAUCCGUAAGGAGGACAUCAGUGGCAUUGCCUCCUGCGUCUUCACCAAGCACGGCCAAGGUUUCUACCUAAUUUCACCAUCCGAGUUUGAGCGCUUCUCGCUGAGCGCCAGGAAUGUGACGGAGCCCCUGUGCCGGCUGGAGGUCGCCCAGCUCCAGGACACCUCCUGCCUCAGCAACAGUUCAACGGUGACACCGAAGCUGCCGCAGGCGAACGGCACCCACGUCCCGCGCAGCUCCGAGAGCCAGCACUCCCCCUCGGACAGCGACCGGUCCCCUGAGGAGCACUCGGCCACCUUCUCGCCCGGCCCCAUCGACUCCCCCAACAGCAGCAUGGAGAACCCGCUGGACACCACCGGGGACAUCACCGUGGAGGAAGUGAAGGAUUUCCUGGCGUCCUCGGAGGAAGCGGAGCAGAACCUGAGGAACGCCAGCGAGGACGAGGCCCGGCCCACGGGGAUCCUCAUCAAGUGAGGCAUCGCCGGCCUCCCUGACCCAUCUCAGUGCUCGGAUUCCCGGGAUGCGCGACUCGACUGGACCCCCGCGCCCCCUCCCCACGUAACGUAGACUCGCCUCCUCUCUAACAUCUGCAGCCCGGC